ACGAAAGCGCAGCGCCGAUGAGAGACAAAAAGCCCUGGGAACGAGGUUGUGAUCAAGUAAAUUAUGCAAUUGCUCUCUAAAACACAACAAUGCUUUAUUUUAUAAUCUGAGAGAUGCUAAAUAUAUAAUCAUCUUGCUAUUUGAGAAUGCCUUUUUAAGUUGCUGGUUUAAAGCAAUUGAUGCAAUUGUCAUGCAGAUAUGUCGUUCAAAGAUAAGAUCUUAAAUACCUCAAAUAACAUCCUUGUGUUGGAGCAAACAUAUCCACUCCAAUUGCAAGUGAAAAGUGAAAGUGCAAAACUGUAUUGCAAGUGAAAAACUGUAAUAUAUAAAAACUUGGUGCCUGUUUAUAGGGAGUUCAAAAAGUGUUCACAGACAUCACAGAGCAUCUACAAGAAUGAAGCUGGUCUUCUGCGUCCUGGUCUUUCUUUGUAUAUGGCAACCUGGUUUCACUCAAGGUCCACGAAAAUAUGGUCCGGGUGACUAUAAAAACGUUUCAUGCCACACGUGCAAGGUUGCACUCAAAAGCAUAGGAACCUCACUGACUUUACUUGGAACUAACAAAACGGAAUCGAAAAUCAAAAGCAUCGUUAAGAAUGUUUGUGGAACUCUGGAUGAGAUUUACACAAAAGAGUGCGGCUACCUAACUGGACAUUUCUCGAAGUAUAUUACCACUUGCUUACUUAAAAACAUGAAUGCAUCAUCAGUUUGUGGAGACAAGCAAAUAUGCAAGGUGGCAAAGAAGCAAAUUGUCAUUUACCCUUGAUUGAAAAGUUUCUUUUUUUAUUUAAUUUUGUAUAUUUAUUAGAGCGUAGAUUUAUCUUCCUACUGUUUGUGUCGUGUCGUCUAUGUGACGUUAAAAAUUCUUUUUUAUGACUGCAGAAAAUUUGUAUUUUGUGGUAAAUAAUAUAUGUUUAUAUAAUUAUCUUCUUUUAUUCCAUACUCUUCAACAUAAACAUUAAAAUUUAUUCAAAGUACCUGAACUUACAAAAGACACAUCAAAUUUGAUGUGUAUGUCAAAGUAUAAAAUUAGAAAGCAUGAGAGGAAGAAAACAGAAAAAUUAUGCUAGCUAA